UGAAAAUGUGACAAAUCGAAUCCCUCUUAAGAAUCGUCCUUGCUCCAGACAGCUUCAUAAACGUGCCCUCAGUAGUUUCGGGGAGGGAGUAGAACACGUCGUGCUGUGUAGAACCGGUAAUGACGUGAAAGUGCAUCCACGAGUGAGCGAGCGAACGGCAAGCAGCAGUCCUCUGGCUCCGUUCUCUCUUCGUUCUAGACAAUCUCCCGGCUCGUGGGCACAGACUCCAAUUUCAUCGACUUCAACAGAAAUUGGCCGUUCCUUAAAACACGAUAGAACAUAUCUUAACAAUUGUCUUGAAAAUACGAAACUAAUACCACUAAACUUUUCAUCAAACUUGUUCCUCAUCAAUCACAGUUUGUUAGUUUGUGUGUUCAUCUUGUUAUACUGUUAAUUUCAUUAUUUAUCAAUGGUGUUAAAACAUUCAAGUACGUCGAUUAGUAUCGUCUUACAUCUUAGCAGCUGGUUUACAGGUGUCCAUUUUUAUCGUUCACCUAUAACCGGUCCGAUCUUAAUGAGUUUUCACAUAGGCCACUGAUUUUUAAUGGACUCUUGUUAAUUGGGUCAAGUACUCGAAAGUUGACAAGAUUCUGGGACACUUUUGCCAAGUCAAAUUUCAACGAGUGUCUGUAAUUAUUUCGAAAAGGAUUUGAAAAUAAACACAGUGUGCACUUUUCUUUGGGAUCUUCAAUAUUUCUCAUACGAAUGAGCAACUUCUCUUCCCCCACUCUGGCAUCAUCAGACGUCGUUUUCUUUUCUCUAAAUUAAAUAAGAAAAGAAAAACAGGAUCGUGAGAAGAAGAAGAAGAAGAAGAAGAAGAAGAAGAAGAAGAAGAAGAAGCAAAGCGCAACGGCAUCGAUUCGAUCUGCUUCCUAAAAGGAUUUCUACAUUCGACGAAACAGAAGAGCACAAGGUGUUUGGUGCAGUGUGCGAAUCGGAGUAUAAAAAACGUAUGCAAUUUAUGCAUUAGUGUUAGGUGAUUAAAGGAAACAAAAAAAAAUGAGGUUGAUGAUUUCAUUCGCGAAUGAGGACCUCUCAGAGGGACGUUGACGGAAAAAGAAAUUUUGAAAAAAAGAAAAAAGAAAAAAAUCUAAAAACAAGAAGUGAAACAAUUUUUGAAGAUGACCGUCACGAUGGAACACAAGAGGAAGAGUUCGUGGGAUUCAAAGAAAUUUCACAGCAUUGUUCGCGAUCAUCCGCAGAUCUCGGUGAGCACGGUUAGCACAAGAAGAUUCAGUCGAGCUGGUACACCAAGUUCAAUCUUGUCUUCGGACAGUGACAUCAGAUUCACAAGGAAACUUGGUGGUCAAUACAGAUGUGGUUGCUGCGUUCUGGCUGCUUUCUUAUUCUUCCUUCUAUUUUCUGGAGUUUCAAUAUAUCUUGGCUACACGUUCCUAACAUCGGACACACCAGCGGAUCAAAUAUUCUUAGCAACUUUCCGUGUUACCGAGGGAGAUUAUUUUGCAUUGGAACUGGCAGAUCCAUCUACCGAGGCCUUUCGCAUUAGAUCUCGAGAAUAUCGUGAUCGUAUCAAUCUUAUUUUCCGUCGUAGUUGGCUCAAACUUUCAUUUCUCGCCUCAGAUGUUUUAGCACUCGACGGGGUGGAGGGUCGCGACUUGGUGGUUCAUUUUGACGUCAGAUUUGAUCCACGAUAUCAAACGAUCACCACCAGUGAUGUGGUUGACAUUUUAUCACGUGAGAUCGAUCCCAAUACUACGAAAUAUUUAUCCAAUUUAACGAUAGAUGCUAAAAGUCUCGAAGUUCAAGAAAGUUUAACAGCAUUAAAUGCACAAGUCAGCUUACAGACAACUAUUUCAACGAUUCCACCAACUACAACAGCACCACCACCAAGAAGAUGCAGUAGUUUAGAAUUAUCUUACUGCAAACAUCUUCCAUACAACAUCACUUCCUAUCCGAAUAUGUUGGGACACCGUUCUUUGAUCGAUGUUGAGGAAGACGUUAUUGCAUUUAGGGAAUUAGUAGAUGCCGAAUGUUAUCGUUCAGCAUACGAUUUCGUCUGUCAGGUUUUACAACCUGCCUGUCUAACCGGUGAACCCGAAGAUUUAUUGCAAUUACCCUGCAGAAGCUUUUGUCGUGAAUUUUGGAAUGGCUGUGGAAAUAGACUUCCCGAUAGGAUCAAACGAGCCUUGGAUUGUUCCAAUUUUCCCGAAUACGCUGAUGUUGGUAGUUGCCGACCAAAACCAGGAUGUGUACAAACCCUUCAAUCGAAGGCCUUGUCCCCAAGAAUUUGUGACGGGGUGAUUGAUUGUCCGGAUUUGGCUGAUGAAAAAAAUUGCGCUUAUUGUCGGGACGGUUAUAUGCACUGCGGAGUUGGAAGAACUUGCAUUCCUCAUAACAAACGUUGUGAUGGUAAAAUGGAUUGUCCAAAUGGAAGCGAUGAAAAAGAUUGUCUGUCAUUGUCCCAAAGUGUACGAGCAGUCAAAUCCCAGCCAUGGGAUACACCACAUGCUGCGAAAUAUAACAGCGAAGGUUACGUUGUUUUUAAUGAAAAAGGUACAAUUGGUAAAUUGUGUACGGAAAAUUUGAACGCCACUAUGCCAGCGACAGAAAUGGAAACUGUGCUUCAAACUGUAGCCAAUUCUCUUUGUACUUUGUUAACAUAUACUGGUGUCCAAUCUGUCGAGGUAAGAACUGAUGAUGAAGAAGACGUUCAAUACGUUCACAUGGAAGAUCCAUCAGCUACAGAAAUAACAUUUGUUAGGGCACCCUGUCCAAGUAAAGACGUCAUGUACAUCCGUUGUUCUGAACUUGAAUGUGGAGUACAGGCAUUACGAAAUAAAGGUAAACAGGGUCUAAGUAAAAUGGCAGAACCUGGUGACUGGCCUUGGCAUGCAGCACUUUUUAAGGAAGAGGUUCACGUUUGUGAUGCAACCCUAAUUGCUGAAACUUGGUUACUUACAACUGCUUCCUGUUUCCAAGGACAACCAAAAGCAGAAUGGUCUGCCAGAUUAGGUACAGUACGUCUUUCAAGUACAUCACCUUGGCAACAGGAACGUAGGAUUGUAGGAAUGAUUAAAUCUCCAGUAGAAGGAAGUACAACUGUUCUGUUAAAAUUAGACAGACCUGUAACAACUUAUUCGGAUUUUGUUAGACCAGUUUGUCUACCAUCUGCUCAAGAUCCACCAUCGACCAAUGCAUCUCAAUGCAAUACUCUGGGUUGGGCUAGAAAUCGUGAUAUGCUUCAAAGAGUACAACUGAGACAUAGUGCAAUGGAAAAAUGUGAAAAUAUUAGCAUUGCAUCAGUCAACAGCGUUUGCACCGAACCUGCAUAUUCUGUGGAUGAUUGCAAUGAGGAAGAAGUUGCUGGUAGUCCAAUGCUUUGUCUACAAUCUACUACUCAAACUUGGGCCUUAACAGGAGUUGGUAGUUGGCGAAUAGCAUGUUCUAAAGCAGGAAUUGAAAGACCUAGAUUGUAUGAUCAAAUAUCUUCUAAUAUCGCUUGGAUUAAAUCAACGAUUAGUUAAAUACCCUCACAAUCGUUCUAAAUUCCAAAAUAAUUCAUAAUUCAAUAUGAAAGUAUUAUUCUAUUGUUUUUGUUUGACGAAACAUAAAUUUUGAACCAAACGAAAAAAUGAAAACUAACGUAAACGUACUGACAUAAAAAUUGUGAUAAAUGUGCCGAUAAUUGUAACUGUGAAUUAAAUUGAUAACAAACUUUAUUCCAUAUGAUUUGAAUAAUUAUUAAUUGUUUUUGUUUUAUUAUUUGUUUUCUAAUUUGUUACACGACCAACAGUUCAAAUUAUCGGCACAAAUAUUUUAAAUCAUGAACGAUAUAGGAUUAUAUUAUUAUUAUUAUAUUUUUAUUUUGUAAUUAUCUAUUUUGCAUAAUUCGAACACUUGUUGUUGUUUUUUUUUUCUGUCAUUUGUCAUUUUUCCUCUCUCACUUUCUCUUUUUUCUUUCUCUGUUCGUUAUCGAGGUCAAGCAGCAAACAUCGCUAUUGCCAUUAGAUUGUAAUUUCCUAAACGUACAUAGUGAUACACGUAGUGAUAUUACUUAGCAUUUAUCAUUUUAGUAAAAAAAAAAAAAAAAGAAGAAAAAAGAAAUAAAACGAAAUUGCUAAAAAAAAAAAAAAUUCUACUUUACUUUGUACGAUUGUAAAUAGCAACUGAAAAGUCUUAUUAUUAUAUGUAAUAUCAUUUGAAAUAAAAUUUAUUUUUGAA